CUCCUUGCAGAUCCGUGUGCCAGCAACCCUUGUCACCAUGGCAACUGCAGCAGCAGCAGCAGCAGCAGCAGCAGCAGUGAUGGCUACCUCUGUAUUUGCGAUGAAGGCUAUGAAGGUCCUCACUGUGAGCAGGCACUGCCCAGUCUCCCAGUCUCAGGCUGGACUGAAUCCACAGCCCCUCGACAGCUCCAGCCUGUUCCUGCCACCCAGGAGCCCGAAGUGACCGUAUCCCGCUCUCAGGCCACCGUGACGCUGCCGACAUGGCAGCCGAAAACAGGCCAGAAAGUUGUGGAGAUGAAAUGGGAUCAAGUGAAGGUGAUCCCUGAUACUGCCUGUGGGAAUGCCAGCUCCAACAGCUCAGCAGGUGGCCGCUUGGUGUCCUUUGACGUGCCUCAGAACACCUCAGUGAAGAUUCUGCAGGAUGCCUCCAUCUCGCUGAUUCUGUUGUGGAAGGUCACGGCUGCGGGCUUCCGGCAGUGCUCCCUCAUCGACGGCCGCAGUGUGACGCCCCUGCAGGCGCCAGGGGGGCUGGUGCUGCUGGAGGAGAUGCUCAGCUUGGGGCAGAACCACUUCAUUGGUUUUGUGAACGAUUCUGUUACUAAAUCUAUCGUGGCUUUGCGUUUGACUCUGGUGGUGAAGGCCAGCACCUGUGUGCCAGGUGAGAGCCAUGCCAACGACCUGCCUUGCUCUGGAAGAGGGACGUGCAGCACGAAGCCCUCGGAGGCAACGUUUUCCUGUACCUGUGAGGACCAGUAUGUGGGCACUUUCUGUGAAGAAUUUGACGCUUGCCAGAGGAAACCUUGCCAGAACAAUGGGAGUUGCGUUGAUGCAAACGAGAAGCACAAGGGGAGCAGUUUCACCUGCACCUGCCUUGCUGGUUACACUGGACAACUUUGCGAAUCCAAGAUUGAUUACUGUAUCCUAGACCCGUGCAGAAAUGGAGCCACAUGCAUUUCCAGUCUCAGCGGAUUCACUUGCCAGUGUCUAGAAGGCUACUUCGGAUCUGCUUGUGAGGAAAAGGUGGACCCGUGCGCUUCGUCCCCAUGCCAGAACAACGGCACCUGCUAUGUGGAUGGCGUGCAUUUCACCUGCAGCUGCAGCCCAGGUUUCACGGGCCCCACCUGUGCCCAGCUUGUUGACUUCUGCGCUCUCAACCCCUGUGCUCACGGCACCUGCCGCAGUGUGGGUACCAGCUACAAAUGCCUCUGUGAUCCAGGUUACCACGGCCUCUACUGUGAGGAGGAGUACAAUGAGUGCCUCUCUGCUCCUUGCCUGAAUGCGGCCACCUGCAGGGACCUGGUUAAUGGCUACGAGUGUGUGUGCCUGGCAGAAUACAAAGGGAUUCACUGUGAACUGUACAAGGAUCCCUGUGCCAACAUCAGCUGUCUGAAUGGAGGCACCUGUGACAGUGAAGGCUUGAACGGCACGUGCGUCUGCCCACCUGGCUUUACAGGUGACGAGUGCGACAUUGACAUAAACGAAUGUGACAGUAAUCCCUGCCAUCACGCUGGAACUUGCCUGGACCAGCCCAAUGGCUAUAGCUGCCACUGCUCACAUGGCUGGGUGGGAGCAAACUGUGAAAUCCACCUGCAGUGGAAGUCCGGUCACAUGGCGGAGAGCCUCACCAACAUGCCCCGGCACUCUCUGUACAUCAUCAUCGGAGCCCUCUGCGUCGCCUUCAUCCUCAUGCUCAUCAUCCUCAUCGUGGGCAUCUGCCGCAUCAGCCGCAUCGAGUACCAGGGCUCCGCCCGGCCUGCCUAUGAGGAGUUCUACAACUGCCGCAGCAUCGACAGCGAGUUCAGCAAUGCCAUCGCUUCCAUCCGUCAUGCCAGAUUUGGAAAGAAAUCUCGGCCUGCGAUGUAUGAUGUAACGCCCAUUGCCUAUGAAGAUUACAGUCCGGAUGACAAACCUUUGGUCACACUGAUUAAGACAAAAGAUUUGUAAUCUUUCCCUCUCUCUCUCUCUCUUUUUUUUUUGGAUUAUUUUUCAAAAAGAUGGGUUACUACACUCAUUGAAAUAUUUUUAAGAAAAUAAAAAGCUUAAGAAAUUAAAAAUGUUAGCUGCUCAAGAGUUUUCGGUAGAAUAUUCAAGAACUAAUUUUCUGCAGCUUUUAGUUUGAAAGAAUAUUUUAAAAACACAGAAUUUGUGAACUCCAUAGCCUACAUUUUAAUGUACUUUCUAAACUGUACGCUUCUACAAGUGUGUGCUGUUUCAUGGUAGACACUAUUGCGAAACCCAGAUGAAAUUCUGCACUUGUUACAGAGUAAGUCUAAUCAAGAAGUUGCUGAGUGCUGGCAGUAGAGUUAGGAGAACAUGUAAGUAGAGUAUGAUACAUAAUACAGUAUAUCCCUUACCUAAAGAGAAGUCAGAAAUGUUUGUUUUGUGAAAACGACGCUAGUUGAAUUUAUUAUUCCUCUCCUGAAUGGAAUUAGCCUCUGCCUUAUUCAGUGCAUGAGUAAGUGAUUUAUUUCUGCACUGUUUGAACUUUGCAGAACCACGAUUUUGAGUUUGUUUUUGUCAUUUGUGUAACAGUCUUCAAACUAGGCCUUGAAACCAACCACAAGGAAGGGGUCUAGUGCAGCAAAUUACGAUGGAGUUCUGUCUCUAUUUUUCUUCCAGCCCUCAAGGUUUUCUAUUGUGAGUAAACUGAAUUUACGUUUGAGUUGUUGUGUUGCUAAGAGGUAGUCAGUGUAAGAGCGUACUGGUUCCUUCAGUAGUAAGUAUUUCUCAUAGUGCAUCUUUAUUUAUAUCCAGGACAUUCUUGUGGCUGUAUUUGAUUGGUAUGUGCUUCUUCUGAUUCUUGCUAAUUUCAGGAAUAUUGAAUAAACGUUAUUAAGUCAAGGAA